AUGGUAGCCCUGUCGGUGGGCCUCUCAAGGGCCCGCCAGCCUUCAUUCAUACUUCUUCUAUUGUUUAUGAUUGUCUUUGUUGCGCAAGUUUCAGUCGCUCAAGAUUCCACCACAGACGACUCUACAACGACUGCCGCUACCACAGCGGACACCUCUUCAUCUACGGACUCGGCGACCACCACGUCAGACGACAGUACUACCACCUCAGCUGCAACCACGACGGACUCAUCGUCUAGCUCGACGACAGAUGCUACGUCCACGUCAACUGACUCAAGCUCUUCUUCUUCCUCUUCCUCAACCAGUGGCUACCCCAUCGUCACUGUUCCACCCACAGCCGAUGCACCGUACAUGCAGAAGUCGAAGAUGCCCGAGGGGACUCUGUUCAUCGUUGUCGGAGCUGUCCUUGGUGCCAUUGGAUUCGCUAUUCUGGCCUGGCGUGCCCUCGUAGCUUGGUCAGUCAACCGCUCCGUCCGACAAGCCGCCAUGGUUCGAUCAUCCGAAACCAAAGGACUGCUUCGCACCAAGAAGCGAAGAUCUCGCUCAAGGAGGUCGACCUCCGGACCAGGCGUAACCCUCGAGAAGUCGGGGGCUGGAGGGCAUCAUCACCACCGUCACAGCCACCGACACCAUAGGUCCCCCUCCACCAAGACCCCCAGCUCCAACAGCGCGCUGUUCUUCUCUCCCACCUCUGGGAUGCAUCGCGACAACAGCAGUAACAGGCGGUCUGCCUAUCUCCCCGCUGGCUACUACAACACCGGCAGUGCAGCGCCUCCUCGGACUCACGAAGCACGCUUCUCGGCAGCUGAUUUACCAGGCAUGGGACCUCAGUCGCAGGGCUAUAUGAAGGCCAAAUCAGCCCCUAGCCCUCCCGAAUCACCAGGUCUAGUACCGGCAGCCAAUGAACAAGACACGACGCCCCGUCGUAGUGCCAGACGGUCCCGCAUGGAAGACCCUUCUACCAGCAGCGUGAAUCUUUCUUCUCCUCCUCAGGGCCGCACACCAAGCGCAUACCUGGAGGACUUGUUCGAUAAUCACAUUUGGCAUUUUCUCCAUUAUGCAGAUCCCUUUUCCAUAAUGUUGGCUAAUCCCCUUUCACGAUCAACGAGUGUCUGUCUAGUUAUUUAUUGUUCCGCCCUUCUAUCAUUAUCUAUAUUACCAGUUAAGCGAGCGCACUGUCCCACGACAGUCCCGAUUAUCGCACCAGCCAGCACUUUGACCAACCCGCAGUCCUUCCUUACCCUAGCGAGUUCCAGAAUGAGUAUUAGGUACCCAAUAAUAAAGGAAAGUCAUUACAGCGAAAGAAAUGAAGAGCCCGAAGAGAAUGCGUAUACGAAACAACACAAGAACUGCUCCGCAACACUCCCUUCCCUUAUUCUUGCCCAAUAUAAUAUGAUACAGACGCCUCUCCGCCGCCCAAUAGAAAAAGGAAAAGAAGAAUUAGGAACGGAGCCAAGCCAAUCCAAAUCAAGUCAAGUCAAAUUGGAAGAAGUGAAAGGGCCGGAUGGGUCCAAGACGCCGCAAACCAAGCCAAGAAGUGGGAAAAAGGCAGGAGAAAGAGGCAGAAGGAAGAAAGAUGUUCUCACAUACGUAAUCACAAUAACAAUGAAUGCUGGCUACAAUGUUGGAUACACAAAAAUCAUGUCAGUUUAUAGAGAAUUGGACAAAUCCGGGCACAUAUCUAGAGAGCCAGGAGAAACGGAUGGCCAGAUCAAUGAUGAUCGCGAGGUAGUACUGUCGGUUGGUGAAGUAGCGAUGGCGGCGCAGUCCGUAUGGGUGUUCGUGGCUACGGCGUGCCGGAGUAAAAAGGGUCAAAUCCCAAUCCUUGGUGAUGUCCCAAUAGAAGGAGUAUGCGGAGUUGAUGAAUGUGAAGAAGAACCUGUAGUUGAAAGAGCGCGGUUAGCAGGAGCCACUGGCAGAAGACGGGAAACAGAUGUAAAGCACGUACAAAAGCCGCGAAAGGCUCAUCUCACUGUAGCCGUAAAAAUCCAGAGGGUUGUAGUUCUUCAACUUGGCUGCCAGGAUGAUGACUGGAAACGCGGUGGCGUACUUCAGGGCGUUAGCCAAGUGCUGGCCACCCUGGCUGCCCGCGCCUUGGCUACGCUGGGUAGCCCGACGCACACGCAAGUAUUCAAUGAGACAUUGGCGCAGUCGAAUGAUACUGGGGAAAGCGAUGAUCAAGGGAACGACGUAGUCGUUCGUGCGACACUUGCGGGUGGGCUUGGACGUGCUGGAGACGUCCGUGGUAAAGAACAUGCAGAAGGUAACAACCAAGUCCGCGAAGACUCUAGAAUAACUUGUCAGAGCAUCUGCCAGCAGAAUAUCCCCGAAUUUGCCAUCUUGCGCUUCCGCCAGACCUCCAAGACUGAUGCGCUUCAGGGUCAUGAAGAACCGAUAUCGGCCCGAGCGCGCGAUUCGAUGAAAGGGCAGGAUGAGGAUAAACAGUCCUAUGAAGAAGUAUGA